CGGGCGCGGAGAGCGGGCGCUUGCGCAGAUGUGUCUUCGGUGAGGGAGGGGACGGUUGCAUGUUGGUUGUUGUAGUAACAGGAGAAGCGCCGGCAAGCAGGAGCCGCGGCUACCGGGGCCCAAGGGAGAUGAAGCAGCAGAAAAUAGCACUGGCUAGAUUUUCUGAUUCUACAGCAAAGAGUUUGAGAGGCCACUGUAUUUGGGCUGUAUGAAAACGUCUACAGGAAAUGCCAGUUGGAAUGGCUCGGGACUUGGAAGAAACAGACUCAUCUUCAGAAGAAGAGGAAGAGGUGGAUGGCCCAGAGGAGCACCCAUGUAUCACAUGGACGGGUGGAUUCAGAAGGAUCCCAAUCUUGGUAUUUCAUGCAGAAGCUAUUCUAACCAAGGACAGUUACAUCCGCUUGAUUGGGGAGCGCUAUCGCUUGUCCUUUAAGAUUGUGAGAACAGACAGUCGCUUGGUGCGCAGCAUUUUGUCUGCUCAUGGAUUCCGUGAGGUGCACCCAAGUAGCAAUGAAUAUAACCUUAUGUGGACUGGAUCCCACCUGAAACCGUAUAUUCUACGAACCCUCACAGAUAUUCAAAAGGUUAACCACUUUCCCAGAUCAUACGAAUUAACUCGAAAGGACAGAUUGUAUAAGAAUAUCAAUCGAAUGCAACAAGCCUAUGGAUUCAAGACCUUCCAUGUUCUGCCUCAGACCUUCAUCCUCCCAGCUGAAUACCAAGAGUUUUGCAAUUCCUAUUCAAAGGACAGGGGGCCCUGGAUAGUGAAACCUGUGGCAUCUUCUAGGGGACGAGGUGUCUAUUUGAUCAACAAUCCAAGUCAGAUUUCCCUCGAAGAGAACAUCCUGGUCUCCCGCUACAUCAACAACCCCCUACUCAUAGAUGACUUCAAAUUUGAUGUGCGACUUUAUGUUCUGGUGACAUCCUAUGACCCCCUUGUCAUCUACCUCUAUGAGGAAGGUCUAGCCAGGUUUGCAACUGUGAGAUAUGACCAGGGAGCAAAGAAUAUUAAAAACCAGUUCAUGCAUCUAACAAACUACAGUGUCAACAAGAAGAGUGGUGACUAUGUCAGUUGUGAUGACCCUGAAGUGGAGGAUUAUGGAAACAAGUGGAGCAUGAGUGCAAUGCUGAGAUAUCUGAAGCAGGAAGGGAAAGAUACCACCUCUCUGAUGGCCAGCGUGGAGGAUCUGAUAAUUAAGACAAUUGUUUCUGCUGAACUGGCCAUUGCAACUGCUUGUAAAGCCUUUGUCCCACACCGUGGUGUUUGCUUUGAGCUUUAUGGCUUUGAUGUCCUCAUUGAUUCUACUCUCAAGCCUUGGCUCCUGGAGGUGAAUCUGUCUCCUUCCCUGGCCUGUGAUGCUCCUUUGGACCUGAAGAUUAAAGCUAGUAUGAUUUCAGACAUGUUCACACUUGUAGGCUUUGUUUGUCAGGAUCCAGGUCAGCGGCUAAACCGGACAUCUUAUUACUCCUCUGAUGGAAAGAGAAAUCCCUACCAGAAAUCUCAACGUCCUGUCUCUGCACAGUCCCGAUCAACAAAUGCCAAAUUGCGUUCUCGUCCUCUUUCUGCCAGUGACGCUGAGAUGAAAAACCUUAUGCCCUCAGCAAAGGAAAAAGCAGCAGGAAGGCAUGUUGGCUCUAUGCUGGGCCUCUCCAUGGAGGAGAUAAAAGUUUUGCGUCGAGUGAAGGAUGAAUCUGAGAGAAGAGGAGGAUUCAUUCGAAUAUUUCCUACACCACUAACUUGGGAGAUUUAUGGAUCCUAUUUGGAACACAAGACAACAAUGAACUAUAUGCUGGCCAGUCGCCUUUUCCAUGAAAGAGGAGGGUCAAGGAGAGGUCCAAUUCCUAGACGAACUCGUUUAGCUCUUGCUGGAGACCUGGGUCUGGAUAUUUUGGAUUGUAAUGCUCAGCUUCAUGCCGCUCUGUAUGAGCGGAAACUGCUGUCGCUAGAGGUACGGAAACGAAGGCGACGUCUUGGCAAACUGAGACCAGGACGGACAAGACUGUCAGGGACUUCACAGUCAGCUAAUUUUGUCAAGUCAGAAAUGGAAGAGGAAGAGGAAGAGGAGAGUGCAGAGGAGGACGACGAACUGGAGAUACCUCCAGGUGAAGCAGCUGGCUGUCUUGGGAAUAUGCAGGGGAAAUUGAAGCCACAGUUGUCAGAACAGAUGGAGCCUGUCCACCCAGGGAAGUUGCUGAAGGAGUCUGAACAGAAACGUGAAGUACUGUCUCUUCAAGACAAAAUGGACCCAAUGCCCAAAGAUGUUGACCUUCCAUUUAAUUUGCUGCAGAUUCUGCAAGAAAAUAAGAAUCUAAGCAAAGUUCAGGCACGCAGGGCUUUCUCCGCCUACCUGCAGCGUGUCCAGCUGCGCCUGAUGAAAGAGGCUGGGGAUCAGGUCCAUAAUCCUUCCUGGGCUGCCAAAGAGGAUGAGCAGAUGGAGCUGGUGGUUCGCUUUUUGAAGCGAGCAGCCAGUAAUCUUCAGCAGUCUUUGAGGAUGCUGCUCCCAAGUCGGCGCCUGGCCCUGUUUGACCGCAGGCGCAUCUUGGCUCACCAGCUGGGUGAAUUCAUCAUCUGUUACAAUAGGGAAACGGAUCAAAUGGCUCAGAAAAAAAUAACGAAGAAACAAGACGAGGAGGAGGAGGAAGAAGGGGUGGACGCUGAAGGCUUUCAUGACUUUGUUACUAAGGCAAGUGAAAGUGAUUUGGAGGAGGUUUUGACGUUUUACACACACAAGAAUAAAUCAGCAAGUGUCUUCCUGGGCACAAGCUCUGGAGCUACAAAGCACAGUAAUAGCCAGUUGGAAAGCAAGGCCAAAGAAGAUUUCUCAGAAAAGGUGGAAAGACCUGAAAAACAGAAGCCCCAAAUUCCAGUGAAUAAAGAAAAUGUAGCAGAGGAGCUGAGAGGUGACCAACCCAAAAGAACCAGACUAUCCAGAGUUCCUUCUUCAACUGGAGAUGGCGAGAAUACCCCACAACUCAGCCUCCGUAGUGCUUCUUCCUCUGUUCCUAAUGCCAUCCUCCCGCAAAGCAUCAGUUCCCAGCCGCCCUCUUGUACCACUUUCUCUGAUAACGCACAGGUGCCUGAACAUCGCUCAGUCCUUUCUCUUUCUUCUGGUUCUAGAGUGACUCCUUCCCCUUCUUUCCAAAGCACAGCACCUGACAACUGGUCUAAUACAGCAAAAAAUGCACCUCACCAGUCCUCAAACAAUGCAAGCUUACCCCGUUGUCGGUCUGGCAGUUACACUGUCAGCCCCUUCUCUUCCUUUCAGAGUGCUAUGCAGAUCUACAGCCAGAGAAUGACCCGCCCAUCCUCCGCAAAAGCAGCAGGUUCAAGGAGUCACAGCCCAAGCAGACAGCGUGGUGCAUCUGCCAAAGUGCAUAAGGAAGGGGAAGAUGGCAAGCGUUACAACCAUGGUAUUGUUGCAGCAGAACUGCAGAGACUGGCAGAGAAGCAGGCAGCCAGGCAGUAUUCUCCACCCAGUCACAUCAGUCUCCUUACACAGCAGUUAACGAAUUUAAAUCUGAUGAGUGGAGCUGUAAGCAGAGUAAAUGCAUCUUCUCCCAGUUACCGACCACCUCUCAACCCGGGAAGUUCACUUUGGGCUUUUCAAACACACCCGCAAACCACUGACAUCAGACCUGCGUCUUUGACAGUCAGGACUCUGGAUGCCAACAGCUUUGCCUGGGAAGGGGAUGCAGAGAACAGCAUACAUAGCAAGUUGAUAGGAAGCCAACCUUUACAGCCCAAGGCCUCGCCAAGUGCCGGCAGCUAUCAGCUCCAUUUUGCCCUGCAGCAGCUCCAACAGCAGAAGCUUCAGUCUCGACAGCUUUUGGACCAGAGCCGAGCCCGGCACCAGGCUCUGUUUGAUAACUUCCCAACAUCCAGCAUCAGCUCUAUGGCCUUGUCAUCUGGUUCUGGUGCCCGCAAAACAUCAAGUGCCAUUUCUAGCAGCCAGAAGGCACCCAGCCUGCACAAGGUGAUGCCAUCCCAGAGUGCAUAUUCUUCACACUUGGUCCCCAAGCCCCCAGCCAGCGACAGGCAAGCAUUUAUCAGGAAGGUGGCAUCUCAGAGGAUUUCGAAAGCAACCUCCACCGAAGGGCAUCUGAAUGGAUUCCAGAAGAGCCUUAACACUGCUACAUCCUGUGAGCCACUCACAAACUCCACAGGUCCUUUGGAAGCUGACCCCCAGAUUAUAUUCGCCAGAGCUAAGCCUUUGUCCAGCCGAACCAGAGCCAUUGAAACAGUUGUAGGGCAAGGAAAGAAAAGGCCAGUGGAGGGAGGGCCAGCUUAAGCUCCUGCUUGCACUUACUUUUUGAAGUGAAGGAUUCUUCCUGAAUAAUGGAUGAACAACCAGUUCAGUGCUUGAGUAUGCAAGGAGGAGAUGAAGCAGGAAUGUCUGUUCAUCAUUCCACGCUCCUGGUGACACCCAGAUUGACAGCAUGACCUGUUGCACACUCCAGAAUUUUCUCCAAGGACAGGAAAACAGCUGCAUGUUUGUGGAAGUAGAGUUGGAGCCUGGAUGUGAGGCUUUCUACUCCCUCUGAGCUUUUGCUGCUUAAGCCUCAGGACUUCCUUUGCAUUUUGUAUCACAUCUUCAUCCACCAGAUCUCCCUCAGACUGCGGUUAGGACUCGUGUAAGACAGGCAUUCUGUCUGUAUUAUGUAUUUCAAAGCUCAAGUUUCUUCAUCUACGCAGUCAUUUCAGUUCACCCUGAGAACAAUCAAGGUUCUCUACCAGGUACCAGGCAACGUUCGUACCAUAUGACCACAGUUGACAUGAGAGGUUAAAAUGUUGACUGACUAUAGACACUUGUACUGGCUGCCAUCUUGGAUUUUGGCAGAAAGCCAUAGAACGGCUCAGUCUGAAUAAAGUCAUUCAUUUUGUUUCUUUAGCUUAAAA